CGUCUGCAGACCCUCCUCCUGGCCCCGGACACUGGCUGUGCGAAGCGGCAUGUGAAAGGGGCACUCGGGUUGUGCGUGCCAGGCUGUGUGCUGCCACUGUAUGCUUUUUGCAGGGAAGGCGCCCCCCCGGGUACAACGCGCAGAGGGUCUGUUUUCCAGGAGAGGACUUCGCGAGGAGAGGGGCACCGCAGGGAGCCGAUCUGGGUAGGAGCAAUUCCGGGACGCUGGAGCCAUGGCAGGGGAGGACCAGAUCAAGACGACAAACAGCAGUCCGGGGCACGACGCAAAGGCACCGACGCCGCACCUGCCCGACGCCCCCCAGCCGAGCCAGGACGCCGGCGCAGAGAAAGUGACUCUAAAAAAAGAGAUCGGGCUGGUGAGCGCUUGUGCCAUCAUCAUAGGUAACAUUAUAGGCUCCGGUAUCUUCAUCUCCCCAAAGGGUGUCCUGGAACACAGCGGGUCUGUGGGCUUGGCGUUAAUCAUCUGGGUCCUCGGGGGCGGGGUCUCUGCCCUGGGCUCCAUGUGCUAUGCUGAACUUGGAGUCACAAUUCCUAAAUCUGGAGGUGAUUAUCAAUAUGUCACUGAGAUUUUUGGUGGGUUAACAGGGUUCCUGCUUCUAUGGAGCGCCGUUCUUAUUAUGUACCCCACCAGCCUGGCAGUCAUAGCACUGACAUUCUCCAACUACGUCCUCCAGCCUGUGUUCCCGGACUGUAUACCGCCGUAUGACGCCACCAGGACCCUCUCCUUGGUCUGUCUGUUGCUGCUGACGUGGGUGAACAGCUCCAGUGUCCGGUGGGCCACGAGGAUUCAGGACAUCUUCACAGCUGGGAAGCUCUUGGCCUUGGGCCUCAUCAUAGUUGUCGGCUUCAUGCAAAUAUAUAAUGGUAACUAUGAAGAGUUAAAACCGAGCAAUGCGUUCAAUUUUUGGAUGACCCCCUCGGUGGGGCAGUUGGCGCUGGCCUUCUUGCAAGGCUCAUUUGCCUUCAGCGGCUGGAACUUUCUGAAUUAUGUGACAGAAGAGCUGGUCGAUCCCAGGAGGAAUCUACCUCGUGCCAUAUUUAUCUCCAUCCCUCUGGUCACCUUCGUCUACACCUUCACCAACAUCGCUUACUUCACGGCUAUGACGCCGGAGGAGCUCAUGUCAUCCAAUGCCGUUGCUGUUACGUUUGGUGAAAAGCUUCUGGGCUAUUUUUCCUGGAUCAUGCCAGUUUCAGUGGCACUGUCCACAUUCGGAGGGAUUAACGGAUACCUCUUUACCUCAUCCAGGUUGUGCUUCUCUGGAGCUCGCGAAGGCCACCUGCCCAGCUUAUUGGCCAUGAUCCAUUUUAAAUAUUGCACCCCGGUGCCGGCUCUGCUCGUGUGUUGCAGUACGACGAUUAUCAUCAUGCUGGUUGGAGAUACGUACACCUUGAUAAACUAUGUGUCCUUCAUUAACUACCUCUGUUACGGAGUAACAAUUAUGGGGCUGAUUGUCCUUCGCUACAAGAAGCCCAACAUGUUCCGUCCUAUUAAGGUGAAUCUGCUGAUUCCAAUCACCUACCUGCUGUUCUGGGCCUUCCUGCUAAUAUUCAGCUUUUACUCGGAGCCCAUCGUGUGCGGCGUUGGGCUGAUCAUCAUUCUUACGGGAGUGCCGGUGUUUUUCUUGGGGGUCUACUGGAAGAAUAAACCAAAGUGUAUAGAUAGAUUUAUUGAAAAUAUAACUUACUGUGGACAGAAGGUUUGCUAUGUGGUGUACCCUCAGCCCUCCCUCCCCGAGGAUGAUUUAAUCGCUUGCAAUGACGCCGUAGUGAACGAGAAGGAGAAGACCCUCAAAAUGCAAUAAGCUGCUCCCACCCCCCCUCCCCCCCUACCCCCCACCCCCACCUGGGACUUGCAUUUUGUUUACAGGCGUGUUUGCGGAGAGAAAAUGGACUUGAACAUUUAGCUACAUAGAGAAAAUAUCGCAGGAGAUAAAAAAAAAAAUGCGACUGCAGGAGACGAGGCGUCGGACGGCGAACUCUUUGGAUUGGACGGCAGGACUACAAGCGGGGAGCCUUUUUUUUGUAUCAUAAUUUGAUCAUUAACCCCUUGUGUGCCUGGGGUGACCUCCACCAUGACCCCGGGAAUGAAUGCUGCGCCGCCGCAGUGGACUGAACUACGAUAUAUUCUAACUUAAAGCAUUUUCGGCCUUCCUGUUGUAUAAAUCAAACUGGCCUUUUUUUUCUCUAUUAAAGCCUCAUUUUCAACCACC